AUGUCUGAAAUUCUCGAGGAAGUCAAACGCAAGCUGGUCUUUCCUAUUGAUUUCCCAAGCCAGCAGAGAACUGAGCGUGUACAGAACAUCGUUCUGGCAACGGGAUCCGUGCUGUCCUGCCUUGUCGGCUUCUACAUGCAAUCAUUGACCCACCUAAUGGUGAUUUACGGGUUGGCAGUCGUUCUUGCGUUGAUCGCGGUUUUGCCUGCCUAUCCGUCCUACACAAGUCGCAAACUGGAGUGGGCCAAGAGCAGCAUUGUGGCUUGA